GCGCGUAAUUUUCAAGACCCCACGCCCUCGUGUUAUGUCGUCCCUGCACAUCCCAUGGCUGGCCCUGGUGCAGAGUAAGAAGCGACUAGACCGUGAGAAAGGUCUGCAGCAGCUCAAGGAGUCAGUGAAUGAGGGUAGGCUGGGGGAGGAGGAGAGGAAGGAGGGUGAGAGAGUGGUCUCUGAACUGGUGACCUCUCUGACCUCUCCCUGGGAGGCCAAACAUGGCGGUCUCAUGGCAUCAACAGUCCUCCUUCCUGGAGCAUCACCUCAACUCAUGGAGAGGAUGAGGGGGAGGUCCCUUUGCUAUUGGAAUAUGAUGAAUCUAGAGUGAGACUUGCUGCUGGUGAGGUGGCAGGUGUCCUGUGUGCUGUGGGGGGUGAGGGUGUGUGUAGGGAGGUGCUACCCUACAUCACUGGAGGAAUAGAGGGUAACCUGGAGCGAGACAGUGGAGAGGUUGACACUCAACUGACCCAGAAACUGAACCAAUCCUCCUCCUCCUCUGCUGAGAAUAGCCACACCGAAGACAGAACAGAGAGAGCUGGAUCUCCCACAGCAGCUGAGGUAUUUCAUGACACCGCAGGCUGGAGACACCUCGAGACAUACAUGACGGCACUACAGCAUGUGGUGGAGAGGUGUGGCAUUGCCUUUGAGCCACAUCUGACCUCUGACCUCCUCCAGCUGGUGUUCACAUGUCUGAGUCACACCAACAGGUUUGUUAGAGAGACUGGCUACAGAGUCAUCGCCGCCUUCAUCUCCAUUCCUGGGUUGUCUACUGCCAGUGUGUCAGCCUUUUGGCCUGACAUUACCAGAAACUUGGCCAAAGGUCUCUCUGAUAAUUGGAGUCAGGUGAGGAUGUCAUCCUCAGUGGCGACACGAGUGUUCCUGACUCAGCUGCCAUCUCUUGAGGCAAGAGAACCUUACUUUCCAUCCCUCCUACCUCCCCUCUGCCUCAACAGGCAUUAUGUAGCUGAAGGUGUGAGGCUGUACUGCCAGGAGACGUGGAAAUUAGUCACAGAAAUGAAAGGAGUUCAACUUGUUGAGAAAUACAUUGCACAGGUGGUGGAGUUCUAUAUCUCACAGACAGAGGCAGCCAACCAUGCAGUGAGAGAGGCAGCAUGUGCCUGUAUUGCUGAGCUGGGCACAAAGGUGUCCCCUGGAGUUCUGGGACCUCACAUCCCAGACCUGGUGAAGGUUCUUCUGCAGUGUUUCAGAGAUGACAGCUGGCUGGUCCGAGAUGCAGCAUGUCUGGCAUGUGGGAACUUCAUGUCGUCGUUCCCCGAAGAGUGUCGACCGACUCUGCCUCAGCUCCUCCCUCUCUUCUUCUCCAGUCUGGAGGACUCCAUGCCCUCCGUCAGACAGGGGGCUGCCUCCUCUCUCGCCACUCUCGUCUCCGUCUAUGGGAGUGAGGUGGAGGAGAAGGUGAUGUCAGUACUCAGAGAGAGAAUACCUCUGGCUGCCACCCAGCCUCUCACUGACUCCAGGUACAAAGGUUCUAUAUUCUACCUGUCUCUAUCACAUUCACACGUAAUGUACGAACACAGUUAGGAAUUGAGUUGAUUGUCUCAUCUGCUCCAUGACCAUAAUAGGCUAUGUCCGUGUGGUGUAGGCGUAAGAGUUAGGGGAUUAUCCAGGGUUUUCCCCUGUUGCCUGACAAUGCAUGUAUACAACAUGUUGACUAUAUGCGGUGCGAACGUUUCGUACACGUUGCAUCAUCGUCAUGUGUGAGAGCCAACUAGUAAGCAUGUAUUCCGGCUGCCAACAAAUUGAGUGGACGUUGCUCUUAACCCUUGUACUCUUUUUGUAUGUAUGCAUGCAUUGUCUACAACAUCAUGUACUGGCACCUGUCUCUCCUGGAGACCCUCCUCCACAGGCUCCCACCUGGCCCGGGCCCUCGGGAAGAGACCCUUCAAGAGACAUCUCGAGCUCUUCAUCGACACCAUUUUCUAUGGAGCCGCCAGUGACAGUGCACUGGUGAAGGCAGCGGCUGCAGACUGUCUCACUAUGCUGAGUCAGUAUCUUGGCCACGUCAUUCUGAGAGGUCGAAUAGAGCAGGACUCUCCUCAGCACCUUGCAGUGUUUGAUACCAUUGUUGCCGGUCAACCUUCUUAACAACUUGGACUAUGAACUGAUGUACUAUUUUGUAUGCACAUGUAUAUGGAACGCCAAACCCGACAAAACUCUGACGUAACACCGUCCUGUUUUGCGCACGCUCUUGGAAGCGUUUGUGUAAAUGUUUAGCUAAUCGUUUGAGGUGUUGGUAAACGUAAACGUUCGUUGACACGCUCCGGGAAACGUUUUCGCGAACGUUUCUGUAAAUAUUUAGC